UGCCCCCAGGAGCUGCCCAAGAUGCAAACAGCCCUCAUUUGGCUGUGCCUGUGCCUGCUCAGCACGGCACUCUCGACACCUGUGCCGCCACCGCUGUCCGGGAGAGCUGCCAGGAACUGCGUGGGACAGCACCGGAUACUGCUGAAAGGCUGCAAUGCCAAGCAUGGCUUCUACGUUUUCAAAUAUGUCUACUCGUUUUCAACGCGGAGGAACCAGACGCAGAUAAAGAAGGAAGAGGCUGACAGCCAGAGCACCAUCCCCGGUCACCGGCUGGGUGAGGACAAUGCCAGGCGGGGGCCGACAGAGGAUGGGGUGGCCCCAGAGAGAGGUGACAAUGGCAGCACCAAUGCGAUGGAGAAUGGGACCGGCCUCAAGCCCAAAAACCGCAGUGCCCCAGGCAUUGGUGGGGAUGCUCACAGUGCUCGCCCAGGCACCGGCACGCGAGCGCGCGGUGGUGUCGGUGUCGCGGGUCCCACCCCGGCCAGCUCAGAGGGCAGCGGCGACCUGGAUUUGGUAGUUGAAGUUGAAGAUGGUGUUUCCAUUCUCCCCCAGGGUGGACACCCCGGCAAGGCCGUGGCAGGGAACAGGACCAGUGUCAGGAGUGAGGACAGGAACGAUGGUGCCCCCAGGGGGGUUCCAGUGGAGGGGGCCACAACAGCCGGGAGGGAGAGGGCCCCCACCACCGGAGGGGCUGGGGAUGAGGGCAGCGGUGAGGCCACUGUCCCUGGCCAAGAGCAGGAGGGUGACAUGCGGGGCACAGGGAUGGGAGGCGCCACUCUCGCCUCCAUCACCGAGAACAUGGAGGAUGUCCAAGUUGACGCCAAAGGUGUGGAUGAAUACACUUACAUCCCUGACUCGGGCAGUGUCACUGUCACCCACGGGAAGGUGGGCAGCACAGUGAGGGCCACCAGCUUCACCCAAAUCUCUCCGGACAAGGACGACGAGGUCAACAUCUUCAUUGGGAGGGCCAACAUCCAUGUCGGGGAGCAAGAAACCACCCAGGCUAGUGCCACUGUUGGCAACGAAGAUGACAGCAUCCCCACUGCGGGAACCAGCAGCUCCCUGCCCGGGCUGGGCAUCACUGCAGCACAUGAUGGCAAUGACAAUGGUGGCAUCUCUGCCCACGGGCAGCCUGAAGGACCGGCCACCACAGCCACCCCAAGCCACAGGGACAGCGUCAUCAGCAGCCCUGGGGAUGGCCGUCCCACAGGAGAUGAAGAUGGUGCCACCACCACUGGUGAUGGAGAAGGACUGGUGGCCCCCAGCCCCUGGAGGGUUGCUGGUGGUGAUGUUACCAUCCCUGUGGGGGCUGGCAUCCGCGGGAAUGGUGAUGAUGAGGUGAGAGGUGAGGGGCAGAGGUUCGAGGGGAGGCCAGGCCGCCUGGCUGUCACCACCCCCCGCCAGGGGGGUGACAAGGAGGCUGCUGCCGCUGUCUCAGCUGAGGGGGCCAGCAUCCACCUGGGUGCCACCAUGGCCUCCCCCGGGAUGAGCGAGGGGGACUGCACCACUGCCCUGGGGAUGGCCGGCAGCCGCAAAGCAGGCACGAGCGCGUUGGGGAAAGGGGGAAGUGGGAAGGUGGGGCCAGCCACCCCCCAGCCCCGUGGGGAGGGAUGGCCGGGGGCAGGGACGAGGGUCCAGCCAGGGGCAGCCGGGCUGGACAAGCCACUCAAGACGGACAAAGUGCCGUCCCCACGCAGGAAAGCUGGCAGCUGGGUGUCGAGUGGGGCCCAGGUGAGGGCUGGCAGCCAUGGCAGCGAUGCCGGGGGGAGGCCACGCGCCGCCGAAGCAGGGGGCAGCCUCCCUCCGCAGGCAGGGCGAGCCGGGGGCAGUGUGGCAGGGGGCGAAGGCAAGGAGCGGGGGCGAGGUGGCGAGGCUGGGGUGGCAGUGGCAGGGGCCGGGGUCGGCCGCCUCCCUGGGCACCGUGGCAGGAGGCCGGGGGCCAGGAUGCCAGGGGCGUUUGCAGCGCUGGGUCACAGCAGGCAGGUGGACCAGGUGAAGCGCGCCAACGAGCUCCACGUCCGCGAGCGGGCCUUUUACGGCCUUGGCGCGGCAGGGGGCAGCCCCAGCAGCCCCUAUGCUGGCCUUGGGAGUGCCGACAGCAGCCAAUCCUCCGAGGGGGAGCAGGGCAGCCACAGCGACAGCCGACAGACGGGACUGCGGCCCUCGGGGUGGGGAGCCCCGGGGCACCCCCACGGCCACUGGAGCCGGGGGACCCUCUGA